AUGGAGAAUCCUCCUAGAUCACUGAACAAAUUCUGGAUCGGGUCAUGCCUCAUGUUCGUCUUCUGGUAUCUCAUCAUCUACGCCUACGAUUGGUCGUCUCUCUCCCUCCCCGGCCUCUCCUCCCUAGCCCUCGAUUCAAUCUCCACCGACGAAAGGAAUCAGUCGUCGAAUUCGAAUCUCGACUCCUCCAACAGGAUUGCGGAGGAAGGCGAGAGAGAGAAACGGUGCAGAGGCAAAUACAUAUACGUUCACGACAUCCCGAGCCGAUUCAACGCGGAUUACAUCAAACAGUGCCGCCUUCUGAACAGGUGGCAGAACAUGUGCCCUUACUUCGCCAACGACGGUCUCGGCCAGCGCCUCCGCCCCGGCUGGUUCUCGACCAACCAGUUCUCGCUCGAAGUCAUCUUCCACAACCGCAUGAAGCAGUACGACUGCUUAACGGAAAAUUCAUCCAAAGCGGCAGCGGUAUUUAUCCCCUACUACCCCGGACUCGAUGUGGCGCGGUACCUGUGGGACCCAGCCAAAGCGGCGCGGAAGGACUCCGACGCCAAGGAUCUUUUCCAGAUGCUAAAGGCCCUGCCCGAGUGGGGGGCUAUGGGCGGGAGGGACCACUUUCUGGUAUCGGGACGGAUCACGUGGGAUUUUAGGAGGACGGGUGUGAACGUCACGGAUUGGGGGAACACGGUGAUGGUGCUUCCCGAGGCGAGAAACAUGACUAUGAUUGCGAUCGAGUCUAGCCCGUGGGACCGGAACGACUUCGCCAUACCCUACCCUACCUACUUCCACCCCUCGACCGAUGGCCAGGUCUCAGGCCACCAGACCAAGAUGGCGAAGCAGAAGAGGAGAUUCCUCUUCUGCUUCGCUGGCGCUCCCCGCCCGAACAUGGCGGCCUCGAUCAGGGACCAGAUCAUGGCGCAGUGUUUGGCCGCGGGGAGGAGGAAGUGCAGGAUGAUGGAGUGCAGGGACGACAAGCGCAACUGCAUGAAGCCGGAGAAUGUGAUGAAGGAGUUCGAGAGCUCGGUGUUCUGCCUGCAGCCACCCGGGGACUCGUUCACUAGGCGGUCCACGUUCGACUCCAUCCUCGCGGGUUGCAUCCCGGUCUUCUUCACCCCGGCCUCGGCUUACGUCCAGUACCUGUGGCAUCUGCCUGAGGAUCACGCCUCCUACUCGGUGCUGAUACCGGAAGGCGAUGUGAGGCGCGGGAAUGUGAGCAUUGACGCCGUUCUGUCUCAGAUUCCGAAAGAUAGAGUUGCGGUGAUGAGGGAGAAUGUGAUCAAGAUGAUUCCGAAUGUGAUAUACGCGGAUCCGAGGUCGAGGUUGGAGAAAUUUGAUGAUGCGUUUGAGUUGACGAUUAGAGGAGUUAUUAAUAGAGUGGAGUGGCUGAGGAAGGAGAUGAGAGAUGGGAGAAAUGAGAGUGGUGAGUUUGAUUUGGAGUUUAGUUGGAAGUAUUACACUUUUGGAAGUAUUGAACCGCAUGAAUGGGAUCAUUAUUUCAAGAGAGGGGGUUAG